AUGAUAAAGAGAUACUUGAAGAUAUAUCCAUCUAUUUAUUACACAAAACAUGUUAACACAGCCCCUGAAGUAAACGAACACUCUAUCAUUUUAAAAAAAGAUUAUGUGUUUAAUCAGAAUGGUAGACAACAAGUUUUUUUAAAUAAUAAGUUAAAGAAGGGAAAUAAUGAAAAUGAAAUAAAAAGAAUAUAUUAUUUUAAACUAUGGAACUCUCUAACUGAGUACAACUUUACUCUAUUUGAAAACAUCAUUCAGCAGUUUUUAAAUGAGGGACAUAAAUAUGAUGAGGUUAUAUAUUCGAUCUUAACCCACUCGUUCAUAUUGAACCACAGGAAAAGAAACGAACAUGCAUAUCUCGUGAUUGAAGAAAUGAAGAGAAGCUACAUGCACCCAGCAAUUAUAAAAAUCAAUGAACGGAUGAUAAACUCCUUCUUAGAAUUAGAAAUGAUUUUUUGUGAGCCCUCAAAGAGUUUAUGGAUAAACAUAUGUAGAUUGGUUUGGGAGACGUCCAUAAAAUUGAACAGAGAAAGGAAGAGAAAAUUAAAAGAAAAACUUAAUUUAUUGCCUCCAAACGAUGUACUAAAAUUAACUAGGGAAGACUUAAAAAUUAUGUUAAAGAAAGAGUAUGAAGAUACUUUGUUGAGUAUGAUUGAUACUAUGUCUUUAGAGGUCGAUGGCGACGCAGAGUACGAGCAUCUGCUUAUUGGAAAUGAUGAAAAAAUAGAUUCCAUCAGAGAACCAUUCAUUGGGGAAACCGAAGAUAUACGUAAGGUUCAUCCUCAGGUGGACCGAAAACAUUUUAUUGAAGCUCAAAGUCAAAGUGACGACCUACUCUCAUGCAAUGAUGAACCAUAUUAUAUAAAUGAUAGCAGAGCUAACCAGAUGUACUACCUAAGUGACGAGGAUGAAAAUUCGGGUGUGGUGAACGACGGAAUGUACCAAAAAUUUAUGAACGUUAGUAUGGAAAAUCAGUAUAAUAAUGAUGCUAUAGAAAGUAUGGAUGAAGAUGAGAAUUAUGACUCUUUUGAGGAUAAUGAAGACUUUGACAUUCAACUUUUAAAAAAAUAUUACAAUUUUAAGUAA